AUUCUUCUAGAAAAAUGUUUCGGCAAAAAAUGACAUUGUCAAAUUAUGUGUCCUGUUCCAGACCUAUACGUAAAAAAUGUAAUACUGCCCAUAUUUUUUAUUUAUCGCAAAUUGCAUAAACUCAUAAUUGUGACUGGCGACUCAAACACCAGCCUAGCAUCAACUGCCUCUCAUCCCAUAGAUUACAAAGUGGGAGACAGGGUAAUAAUAAAAAGCAGUCAAGGGUCCAAAGUUGGUACGGUCAGAUAUAUCGGUACUACUGAGUUCGCCAAUGGUGAAUGGGUGGGAGUAGAACUGGACGAGCCUAGGGGGAAGAACGAUGGGUCAGUCAACGGAGUCAGAUACUUCGAAUGCCGUCCAAACUACGGCCUGUUCGCGCCCAUUGCGAAGGUAUGCAAAUCACCGCUGAGGGCACGGCCAGGCAACUGUCAGAUCCACAGCAGCGCCGGGGCUCUGCCUCCGUCCGGCAUACUGCGCAGGACAGGCUCCAAGGAGUCGAUGUCCAAUGCGUCAAUCACCAGCGCUUCAGCCAUGUCCCAACAGGGACGAAGGGUAAGGUUGGGCGUCGCCGCCCUUACGACGCAACAUAGCGCUGCUAAGAAAACCCCCAUUAAAUCGAGCACAACCACCCCCAUACCGACAAGGACCGCCCUGCAGGUAACAUAUUAAUCCAUCUAUAAUAUAAGCUAUUAAAAACUUCUCCUAUCAUCGUAAAACCAUCAUAGAUUCUGAGGUAAUUAUUU